UCCAACGGGAAUUCCAAAUUCCCUUGAAAUUCUUUUCCCCUUGGCUCCUUCCUCCAUUUUAACUUCUCCCCUUUAUGCCCAUUUCUUCCCAUCCCAACAUUUAUAAUUUUUUCUGGAGUGUUUUAUUUUUUUAGUAAUUUAUUCUUAGUGUUAGAGAACUUAAACAACCUUGGAACCCUCUUAAACUGAAAGCUAUCUCAUUUUCUUAUAUAUAAAGAAGCAGACCAAAGAAAAGGAAAGAUCAAACUAAAGGGAAAAGAAAAUGAAUCCUUCAGAUAACAGUGAUGACCCUCAACUUCCAACGAUCAAGAUCCACCACCCAGCCUCCCCUAACCACCCAACCUCCGCCGCAACCUCCACCCCCACCGCCGGUGCCCAUCGCAAGAUUGGCGUAGCCGUUGACCUUUCUGAUGAAUCCGCCUUCGCCGUUCGCUGGGCCGUCCAAAACUACCUCCGACCCGGCGACGCUGUCAUCCUCCUCCACGUUUCGCCCACCUCCGUACUCUUUGGAGCCGACUGGGGCCCACUCCCCCACACCCCGCAAAUCCCAGAAACCCCGCAGUCCCAAAAGCAACUGGAAGACGAUUUCGAUGCCUUUACGGCUUCGAAGGUGGCGGAUUUGGCCAAAACCUUGAAGGAAUCUGGGAUUCCCUAUAAGAUUCAUAUAGUGAAAGAUCAUGAUAUGAGGGAAAGAUUGUGUCUUGAGGUGGAGAGGUUAGGGUUGAGUGCUGUUGUAAUGGGGAGUAGAGGGUUUGGAGCUGAGAAAAGAGGGAGUGAUGGGAAGUUGGGAAGUGUUAGUGAUUAUUGUGUGCAACACUGUGUUUGUCCUGUUGUUGUUGUUAGGUAUCCUGAAGAUAAAGAUGGCGGGAAUGGCGAGCCGGUGGUAACGGUUAAGGAGGCUGAGGUGGAGGAAGAAGGUGGCAAAGAUGCUUAGCAAGUCCCUGGUAAUUGCAGGUCGAUCCUAUCCGUAGGCAGAUAGCAUGGAAGGCUAUGAGUUGCUAGGGAUUAGCCGGCACGACAAUAAGUCAUCAAAAUGUUUGGCAGUUAGUGGCACUCGGUUAAAUUGGAUCAUACGAUUAUUUCUUUCCACGGUCAUCCCAUCUUUGCAUAACCCCGUCUAUGAUGUUGUUGUACGGUUAAUGAGUUUCUUGAUUUCAUUUCAUUUCAUGGCAUUAUGUUUUACUACACUGUGAUAUACUAUAAGAUUAGGUUUUACGAGUUGUUCUGUUUCUUUGAUGCCAUAUUUCGGGGCUGAAUUAUGAAAAUAAUAUCCAUCAGCUUCCCCUUAAAUCUGAUCAAGUUUUUAAAUAUUUUUAAAAAGAAAAUAAAUUAUAC